UUUUUCCCUCCGGUUAAAAAAAAUUUUUUUUUGCAUUUUUAACAAUUUGAAUAUCAAAAGUGUAAGAAUCCAGCCUUGGAAAGGACUGAGGUGUGCAACAGACGGCAGAUGGAUCCAAUGGCCAGCAGCUGCAUGAGGGGCCCCCACCCACCAGCCCCAGUCUGGGGUUGCCUUCGAAAUCCCCACUCUGAAGGCAGUGGGGCUUCAGGGCUCCCCCACUACCCGCCAACCCCGUUCUCCUUCCACCAGAAACCAGACUUCCAGACAGCGACAUCGACGGCAGCAUACCCCGACUUCUCAGCCUCCUGCCUGGCGGCCACCCCACACAGCCUGCCCCGGGAGGAGCGCAUCUUCACCGAGCAGCAUCCUGCCUUCCCACAGCCCCCCGACUGGCAUUUCCCUGUCUCGGGGGCCCGGCGUAGACUCAACCCGGGCCCAGCGGGGGGCUCCAAGGAGAUGGGGACCAGCAGCCCCGGCCUGGUGGACGCCACAGGAGGCCCAGGUGAGGACUAUGAGGUCCUUGGGAGCACUGCCAAUGAGACGGAGAAGAAGUCAACCAGACGGAAAAAGGAUAGUUCAGACAACCAGGAGAACCGAGGGAAGCCGGAGGGCGGCAGCAAGGCCCGCAAGGAGCGGACGGCCUUUACCAAGGAGCAGCUGCGGGAGCUGGAGGCCGAGUUCGCUCAUCACAACUACCUGACCCGGCUCCGGAGAUAUGAGAUCGCGGUAAACCUGGACCUCUCCGAGCGACAGGUCAAAGUGUGGUUCCAGAACCGAAGGAUGAAGUGGAAGCGUGUGAAGGGGGGUCAGCCCAUCUCCCCCCAUGGGCAGGACCUCGAGGAUGGUGACUCUGCAGCCUCUCCAAGUUCAGAGUGAGAUUCUCCAGGGAGGGAAAAAAAGAAAGAAAGACUGAGAUCUGAGCCCCCUACCAACUACCCCCACUUCAAACCCACCUUCACCUUUUCCCACCCACCCAGGGCAGCCCCUUGCAUCUUGCAGGGACUCUCGGAUAGGAAGCUGCCUUGAAGUCUCCCAGAAAGUUCUGGCCAGCAUCUCUGUCCUAGCAGCCCCUUCCCACAAUUCUCAUGGAGUCAUACAGUGGCCAGACAGGACCAGAGUGAAUCCGGGGAACAGCUCCAGGGACGCUGUUUCUCAGGUCUUUUAGCUGCCACCCAAGCCUCCUCUCACCACCUUCCUCCAACACCAGCCAGGCCUCCCCAAGUCUGGACACCUGUCCUUCUGGGAGAGGAGCCUUCGGCCCAGCUGGUGACUCAUGAAUGCAGAUGCCCACAGAGAAAGGAAAUCACUAAGACACACACGCCCCCUAGACCACCCUCCCUUUCUGGGCUCUAUAUCUGAGGCUUUGGGGGCCCUCAGUUGUCCCAAAACCUCGGGGCAAAUCAGUGUGAGGAAGUUUAAGGACAGAAACUUAGCUGCUGCAAAUCAGAAGCCAUCCCUGUCUCCAAAUGUAUUGGCUAAGUGGACAAGUUCACGAGCACUGGCUGAAAAAGUCAGUUGUCCCCACAAAGGCCUGUCCAUGCCAGCUUGACCGGGUGGGUGAGAAUGGACCCAGCACAGCACCUAUUUCUUCAAAAUUAAUUUAAGGAUACAACUGGGACUGCUGAGCAGGGCACCAGGGCAACGGAGAAGCUAUCACAUUUAAAUCCACAAUUUCUGGAUUGAAAACCUAUCCAGUUGCUCACAUAUUGAGGCGAGGGCCCAGGAAUGUGGAACUCUGGCCUGGAAGGUUCUCCAGCUACAGUGUCCUGUGCUUUCAAAGAACUCUGGCUGCAAUUAGGGACCCAAAAAUUUCCUCUUUCUCCGUGGGAUGCAUCUGAGCUCCUCCUGUGUGUUCCACAAAUGCUGUUAUUAUGGGACGAGCUGCCAUGUUUAUGUGUGUGGACUGCCCAGAUCCUCUUGGGUGACACUCCAGGACUGUUAGCCAGACAACCUUAGGAGACUGAAGCCUUGAGGGAGACCCCCUGCCUGCCUCAGCCUCUGUCCCCCAGUACCAGCUGGUGUCCCAGAGGGAGGUCAGCAAGAGUUUGGAGCUCUUGUAUGUAGAUGUAAUCAUUCAUGUGUAAAAAGAACCCCACCUCCCCAUCCCAGAAGGACAACCACUCUGGAAAAUGAUUGCCAAAUGAGAUGGCUGGUGAGAGCAUGUGUAAUUUUUUCUAAAGCAUACUUCAUCUGUUUUCCUUAGAUUACAUCAAGUUAACUGUGUAAGGUCAAUUCACUUAGUAAGAAAACUCUGGGAGAAAUAAAAUCAAUAAAAAAGCAACGUUCCCAGGUCUUUUUCCAGGCAGAGCUAAGAACCACAGCUCUGUGUACAAUCCUCUGAUGCCUGUGUAAUGAUCAGCCAGACAAGGUCUAGAGGCAACAAAAAAAGGGAAGAAAUCCUCUAGACCAAGCUAUCCCUUGGUUCUUCAAAAGAUAGGGGUGCAAAUGUAAUUGAUGUAAAAAAAAAAAACUUGUCUUCCUUGCAAUCUCAUU